CAUUUACGUCAAGAGGAAGCAAUUGGUAAACGGACGGCAGUGGCAAAUACCCCAGAUGAGGCAGGUACUUCUCGAGCUGAGAAUGUUGUAGAAAUGCUUGGCGGCUGUUGCGUUUGUGCCGAUGAGAAUGGUUGGGAAUCGAAUCCGCUUGUUUAUUGCGAUGGUCCCAACUGUGAAGUUGCUGUUCAUCAGGGCUGUUAUGGUAUUGUUGAAGUACCAGAAGGUGAAUGGUAUUGUGCAAAGUGUGCCGAUUUUAUCGCACAUUCGCAGUACAACGGAAACAGCGGUGAUAUUGGAGAGGUACGCGAGACACCGCGUUGUAAAUUGUGCCCCUUUGGUCAUGGUGCACUCAAACGAACCGAUAACGAUGAAUGGGCACAUGUCAUAUGCGCUUUGUACAUACCGGAAGUGCGUUUUGGAGAUGUCCACAGUAUGGAUCCAGUAAUUCUGAGUGAUGUUCCACUGGAACGGUUUCAACAGCAGUGUUACUUAUGCAUGGAACGUGGGGAAGAAAAACGAGCAUAUCUUGGUGCAUGUAUGCCGUGUAAUAAACCUGGUUGUAAAAAGUGCUUUCAUGUUACUUGCGCACAAGGGGAAGGCUUGCUAUGUGAAGAAGGUGGUGGUUCGAAAAAUGUCAAAUAUUGUGGCUACUGUGCGGCACAUGCAAAGAAAGCGAUCAGCGAUCCGUUAAUAAAAAUUAUACCACCAUAUCGGCAUCGCGCUGAAUCAUCGUGUUCGUCGGGAAGUGGAGGUGGUGGUGGUGUUGUCCAGCGUGCAGUAACUCCCAAAUUAAGUAUUGGAAAUAUCUGCAGCAGUGACAACAGCGGUCAAACAUCUUCUACUAGUUCACCUCAUUUUAAUACAUCCGAACUGCUGCAGAAUACAUCACCAGCAAUCAGCAGUAGUUACGGCAGUGUCAAAUUAGCAACAACCACAUCAUCCAGCGGGACUGCGGCAUCAUUUUCGUCGAGUUUACGAACUGAGGGACCUACAAUGCUUGUAGAUCCCUUAUACCGAACUUCAUUGCCACCACCAACAGUUGACAGAGCUAUGUUAAAUGCUGUAAUGUCUCAGUCACUAGCAAUUCAUCCAAUGCGUGAUGAUGCUUGCAGUCCACCGACAUCAAGUGGAAGAUCCUCAACAACUCACAGUACACCUCCACCGGUUGCUUCAUCAGUUUUACUGAAGAAGGACCAGUCAGUCUACGAAUUACCAAGUUCUUCGAACUCAACUAUCCCCUUAUCUGCAAACGUUACACUUUUUGGUGUAUCUGCGCAAAAAGGCGAGUUAUUAUCAACUGGCAUGGAAGAAAAAGAUUUGAACAAUGGAAGUUUAAUAUCUCAACUAGAAAUAAAGCUACAUUCUCGCACAAAUUAUGUCCCUACAGAUAAUGGUUCAGUUGCAAAUGUUGGAAGUAAAACUGUAAAAAGAAAAGCAGUUGAUGGUGUGGAGAAACCGAAACGCCCGCGUAAUAACAAAGCAUGUAAAUCCAUGAAAGCAUUGCUUGAAUCAGUUGGACCUUUGAUCUCGGAAACGGUUUCCGAUUUUCAACGAGAGCGAUUAAAUGAACGUGAUAAUAGUAUGACAACUAUUGCAGCUACUCAUUCAACGGUUCCUUCAACUUCUGGAGAACAUGAAAUAACAAACUGUACAGUUUCGACAAGCACUUCAGCGGCUCAAAGUACCGUAGUGACAUGUUCUUCGAUGUCAACGCAACAACAGCAACCGUCAGCAACAACAACUGUAACAACAACAUCGUUUAUUGGUGUGCCACUUAUUAGGACACAACCAAAAGCUGUAGUAAGCCCGGAUGCUGGUGCGGCGGCUGUAAUAGUUGAUCGUACUCACGUAGCGUCAUCACUCCCAUCAACAUCUGGUGCAGCUGCAGCUACAUCGCUUUGUCCCGUGUCGCAACAAUCGGUAGCUUUUCCACAGUCGAUGGAAGAACUGUUAGAACGGCAGUGGGAACAGGGAUCACACUUCUUGAUGAGUCAUGCACCAUUUGAUAUUGCGCAACUUUUGUCGUGUUUGCACGAGCUGAAAAUGGAAAACGUUCGUUUGGAAGAAACACUAUCACAACUAGCUAGGCGGCGAGAUCAUCUGCUUGCAUUAAAUACUAGGUUAUCACUCUCUCUUGCAAGCGGUUCUUCAUUGGGUCUUGGUACUAGUCCACAUCAUUCGCCACGGAUCAGUGCAGCAAGUAGCAGUGGCAAUAUUCCGUUAGUAUCAAACAGCAGUUUGCAGUCGAAUAGCGGCAUCUCAUCAACGCAGUGUACAACACAACCUACCUCCUCUGCUUCCAUUUCAAGUCUCCCAUCGAUUGUACCUCCGCCAUCGGCAACAAUUUGUGGACAACAACAGCAGCAACAGCAAUCCCUUCAGGCAGCUGCUGGUUCUGCGGUCAUCUCUUUUUUGAACCCAUUUUGUUCCACUCUUCCACCCAUUAUCGACGAUUCACUGAGUCAGUUACGUUCGCUUGCAAGUAACGGAUCGGUGAUUACGAACAGAAGUGCUCAUACACCACAAGCUGCUGUAGCUGCUGCUGCUGCUGCUGCGGUCGCUGCUGCCGGACAGUUGGCUGGUACCACUAGUGGUACGGAAAGCCGACAAACACCCGUAGCUAGCACUACUUCUGGUGCUACAUCAGUGCAGCAAGCUUCACUUCCUUCCAGUCGAAUUCCGUCGGCAGCAUCAGCGAAUACGGGGAUAGGCACACCUUUAUUGGCGAAUUUCACCAAUACACAACUUCCAACAAGUAUGCCAUCGACAGCCGCUGUAACAAACGCACUGGAUCUGUUUAGUAGUGGAUCACAAAAUAGUGCCCAUUUGACACUAACUUCCGAAAGGCAACAAAUGGCUGCAGCAGCAAUUGCAGCAGCUGCUGCUGCGAAUGCGUUAGGUGGAAAUUUUGUUGCUCCUCGGACACCAACUCAUUCAAACACAGCCGUUUCCGGAACAUCUGCUAUUGGACAGCUCGCUUCAACGGAGUUGUUGGCGCAAUACGCAUUGCUUGCUCAGCAGCAGUUACUUCAUCAGCAAGCAGCGGUGGCAGCUUUAAGCGCCAGGUAUGGAAGUCAGGUGAUAUCGAGCAGUUCGACUUCACCACAUUCCACAUCGUCAAAUUCACAACUUCCAUCAAAUCCUCAUUCGGGGAAAUAG